GUUAUACAAAACCUUAACCAAACCAAGCUUCAAAUACAUAGAGCUCUAUUGCAUAAUAGGAUAGUAUGUAGUAAGUAAGUUGUUAUCAAAUGAAAGAAUUGGCUUCUCAAAUGGGUGAAUGCAAAAACAUUUAUCUUAUCCACUUCAAAACACCAUAGCUGGUUUCAAACAGAGUCUGGGAGGCAUAGUAAUGGCUGCUUUACAGUGCUUCACUCCGUCCUCAACAAACCCAUUCCCUUCUGCACCGAAGAAAGCCCUACUUACAGGGUUUUCCGUCGCUUCAUCGAAGCCGUCCGUUCAACUACCAUCACCUCUCAUCCGGACCCAUAGGACGACGAACAUCCGUUUCCAAUGUCAAGCAGCUCUUAUCCCUGCCGAGCAACAGUGGAUGUUCGACGAGACCGGUUUCAAAGGCCCGGAUGUUUGGAAUAAAACAUGGUAUCCAAAGGCUAUUGAUCACGUGAACACAGAAAAGCCAUGGUAUAUUGUUGAUGCUGCUGAAAAGAAACUGGGAAGAUUGGCUUCGACUAUAGCUAAUUAUAUUCGAGGAAAGAACCUGGCAACAUAUACUCCUAGUGUGGAUAUGGGUGCUUUUGUUGUGGUGGUCAAUGCUGAAAAAGUAGCAGUAACUGGAAAGAAGAGGACACAGAAGAUUUACAGAAGGCAUUCGGGGAGACCGGGUGGUAUGAAAGAGGAGACCUUUGACCAACUGCAGAAAAGGAUCCCUGAAAGGAUCAUUGAGCAUGCAGUGCGAGGGAUGCUUCCCAAAGGAAGGCUGGGCAGACAAUUAUUUAACCAUCUUAAGGUGUAUAAAGGAGCAGAGCAUCCUCACCAGGCACAGAAACCAAUUGAUUUGCCGAUACGUGACAAGAGGAUCAAUAUGUUGACUUAAGAGUGAAUGGAUACUGACAUUGUAUUUUUUGAUCUUUUUAACAGCGAAUGAAUGCUGAUUUCUAUGAAUCCAAAAUAGUUUCAGUUGUAAUGCUAUGAAAAACACUGCCUGGUCCGACAGGCAGGUGACUAGUCAUGGUACUGUCGUGUAUCGGUCAGCAUAUCUUUGAGAACAAAAGAUUUAAGUAUGGAAAAGACAUUAUUUUGAUGUGCAAGUGAGCCUGGGAAUCAAAAGCAUGGGAGGAUAAAUGUUUUUUAAAUUAUAUACUCGUAUAAGUUUGCUAUGGAGUAUUAUCUUAUAUGCAUCCAUUUUAUUAAUUGUAACAUCUCUGUAAUACUGUAAUAGAUGAUAAAUAAAAGAAGUCUUGCUUGUGUUUCUAGUUUCUACUUAUGAGUUUUACUAGUUAGUUUUUUUAACUAUUACC